GAUUUACUUGAGUUUUUUCUUUCAGGAAGGCCAGUUUAUGCUCAUAUGGGACCAACAAGAGCUACACACUUACAUGAAGGAAGAGCAAGGGAUAAUUGUUGGAGAAUACACUACCCUGUCACAAGAAGAGUUUAAUGACAUUUUUAUACUUGCAAAGACAUAUUUUUCUCUUGACCUUAGUUCAAAAGACACCUUGUCAUCUGUCACAAGUGUGAUUCAAAGCCUAACAGAGCACCUUCAGUCACCUUCAGCAUGCUUUAAGCUACAGAAUUCUAAUUUGAUAAUGCAAAACAGUGAAGAGGGUAUUUUGUCAUUUGGUGGAUCAAUCACUGAUGGUGAAAACCCUGUUGGAUCAAUAUUUAAAGGCUCUGGGAAGAAGAAAACUUCCCAUCAAGUAGCUUCUUUUCAGCUAAUGAUAAAUCGAAGUUCAGGUACAUCAACAAAUGCCCCUGUAAUUCGCAUUGAUAAUAGAAAUGCAACUGUUUUAUCAGUAAUAUUUAAUGGUGAAGCUAUUGUGUAUUUAGAAAGAUCAACACAAGUUUGUCAUGUAGCUGCAGUGUUAACACAAGGAGUGAUUCGACAAUUGCAGUUAGCAUUGUAUUGGUUGAGGGAACAAUUGUCAGACAGAAAACUGCCUGGAAUACUAACAUCAUAUAACUCACUGCAUUUUGUUGCUGGCCAUGUAGUUAAUGUCAUAUAUCCUGAUGAUGUUGAUGAGAAAUAUUUUGAAACUUACAGGAAAUCAGUCCAUAAAACUUUACUGUUUCCUUUUGAUCAACCUAUGGUGAGAAGAGCAAAUAGAUUAACACCUUUGCCUGGCAGCAAAUCUGCAGCAUUGACAAAUCCACAUAUUGGUUUAAAGCCUUCAAAUGUCAGUGGAGAUGUAAUAAUUGUUCAAGGUACAUAUGGAUAUCAUCACUAUAUGCAGAAUCGUUUUGAUGAUAACAAAUGGGGGUGUGCAUAUAGAUCUCUUCAAACAUUAAUAUCAUGGUUUAGGUACCAAGGAUUCACAGAGAAGCCUGUUCCAACACACAGAGAAAUUCAGAAAUGUUUAGUAGACAUAGGGGAUAAACCAUCAAGUUUUCUUGGUUCAUGCCAGUGGAUUGGUUCCACCGAAGUUGGGUAUGUUCUUGAUAGUCUAUUUAACAUAAGUUCAAAGUUCAUUUUUGUGAGUAGUGGGGCUGAACUGGCUAACAAAGGACAUGAGCUUUCUGUGCAUUUUGAGACUCAGGGUACUCCAGUUAUGAUUGGUGGUGGUGUUCUUGCUCACACAAUAAUUGGUGUAGACUGGAAUGCACAAAGUGGAGAUAUAAGUUUUCUUAUUUUAGACCCCCACUAUACAGGGCCUGAAGAUCUCACUACAAUUCAGAAUAAAGGUUGGUGUGGUUGGAAGGGGCCAGAUUUCUGGGAUGAAGCAUCCUACUACAACUUGUGUCUGCCUCAGUGUCCAUCUUGUAUAUGAUUUUCCUUACACUAAAUGAAUUUUGCAGGUUUUUUAGGUAUUUAACAGUAUUGCAAUGAGUGAUGUAACUAGUUAAAUUUACCAGGUGGAAGAAUCGGGUUUAAAAAUGUGUAAUCUCCCUCUUAGUCUUUAUGCAAUCCCUGAAUAAAAAUUUGUGCUUAUGUACAACAUAAAUUUAGCUGAAAUGUCAAUGUUUGGGGCCCCAGAUAAAAUACAAAAAUGAGCUCUGUUACUUUUUUUUUUAAUCAAAGAUUGCUUAGGGGUUAGGCUCUGAGUUGCUCCACAAAGAGCUGUUAUCCUACCUCUGCUCAUUUCAAAGCCUUAGCAGUACAUUAUAACAGUACUUGAUUUAAUAUUGUAUUAAUCAAUCCUAUGGACAUAUUUCUGUUAUACUGUACUUGUGCAAAGAAAGUAAAAGACUACUCAUAAGUUUCAAAGCUAUAACUUUACAUGUCAUUUUUAAAAUGAACUAACUUUGUAUUCUCAGUUAUAAUUAUUUCUUGAGUUUAGAGCAAAUUUUAUUAAGAUUUUUUUCUUUACAACACUAGAGAGUUGAUAGGGCAUAUGCCCAUACAGUGCUGUAUUAUAUUACAUUUAUUGUAAUUAUUUAAUCUUAUUAAUAAAAAAUGGUGUUGGAAAAUUUUAA